AUCCAGACUUUAGCUAUGAUGAAAACCCUCCCAAGCCCUGACCAUCUCGCCGCCAUCUGGGCCGGCGUCUUCCCACUAUCCGAUUCCAACGGACCUCCUCAGCAGUGGAUCGACCUUCACUCGAAAUCAGUCAUCUACAAUGAUCACGCCUUUCGUGUUCAGCGUAAAGGGCACGCCGGCAUAGCGGAUCACGUCGGCAUGUGGAAGCAUGCGAAGCCUAACUUCGAGAUGCACGUCGAGCUCGUCUGGCCGGAGCUGAAAAAGGAUGACAAAGUCCAUGUGACAUUUGCCUUCGUCGGGACCGGCAAGUACGCGAACGACUUAACUAGCCAUUUCAAGGCUAGCGGAAAGACUUUUCGCUAUCAGGGAAGGUUGGAUCUCACGAUUAAUGAGGAUGAUGGGCUGAUUGAGGUUGUGGAUGAGUAUUAUCCCCUUCACUUCGAUGCGGGGGCUUCGGUUGAGGAGUAUCGGAAGCGCGAGGAAGAUGACUAG